GCAGUAGAACGACAGACACGACAGAACCUUUUAAUACCUUUGAUUUCCACAAUUUAUCAAAUAACAACUUUCUAUGUUUACUGAAGAACAGCAAGGAAUUCAUAACUUCAUCAAUUCAUAUCAAAAUUUAGAAUUAUACAAUUGAAAAAAUACUUUGCCGUCAUUUACAAACUGAGCAGUUUUGUAUUCAUAGUUGUGCUCCCCUGUUCAGGACAAAGCUGAAUUCACAUUUAUUUAAUCAUAUUAAAUUUAUAAUACAAAUCGAAAUUCACAAUGCCGAAAAAUAAAGGAAAAGGAGGAAAAAAUCGUCGUCGUGGAAAGAACGAAAAUGAGUCAGAAAAACGUGAAUUGUUGUUUAAAGAAGACGAACAAGAAUAUGCACAAGUCACAAAAAUGCUGGGUAAUGGACGUCUCGAGGCGAUGUGUUUUGAUGGUCAAAAGAGACUGUGUCACAUUCGAGGUAAACUUAGGAAAAAGGUUUGGAUAAAUCAGGGCGAUAUUAUACUUGUUGGAUUGCGAGACUAUCAAGAUAAGAAAGCAGACGUCAUAUUCAAGUACACACCAGAUGAAGCAAGAAAUCUGAAAACGUACGGAGAGUUCCCAGAAUCAGUACGAAUAAAUGACACAGUGACAUUCGUUGAAGGCGAUAUGGAUGAUGAGAUCGAGUUCGAUGAUUACAGCAGUUCUGAUAACGAGGUAGAUCCAGUCGACGCCAUCUGAUCUUCAAAAUAUCAACAACAGUCAACAAUUUAACAGAAUAAAAUUCAAUCACGAUUUUGUUGAACUUCAUCUCCUUCCAACCAGUUCUUAUUAUUGUUUUUUUCUAUUAUUCUUCCUAGCUCCAAGAUAUCCAAUCAACAAAUCAUUGAACAAUUUCUCUUCCUUUACACUCUUUAUUAUUGUUUAUUUACUUCCCCAAAUGUUAACUUCUCAUGUUCCUAGCGGAAUUUGUAAUUUAGAUUGUUUAAAUAUUUCUUUUUUUUCUCCAAUACUUCUCAUUGAAAUGUUCGAAAAAUAAAACAUCUUAUUGUUGUAAACCGUAUUGGAAAGUGAUUUGAGAAUGAAUAAAAUCUUGAUGUGUUAUGAAUUCAAUCUUGAAUCCAAGCAGGAAAGAUG